AAACAUUAAUUAGCUAACAUGCCUUCUUCAAGCAGGGCAGCUCAAGUCAGUAUUCUUGAUCCUGUCACCAGCACAGCUCGUAAUUACAGCUUUCCGGCGGCAGAACUUCCGGGAAGAGGUCCGUUCAUCAGCUCUAGAGCUGAGGCGAUACACAGAGGGCAGUGGGAACUCAUGGAGAUGGUGAAGAAGAUGCCUGCGGCAUCUGAUGAUCAGCCGUCGUACUUGGACUUAUCCUUGAAGGAUCUCGUCGAACACCCCACACCCACAGUUGUUGUUGUGGUAGAUCAAUCUCGACAAGAUCAAAGCUUGACCAGUAAAGACCAUAAAGAGACAGCUUUGUUGGAUCGUUAUUUGCUGCAUCCGGCAGCUAUCAAUAAGAGUAGUAGCACCGGGAAGAUGACGCCGUCGAGAAGCCGGAAAGUGGACGAGAGGGGGCUGUUUCUGAAGACGGUGUUUCCGUUUUGCAUGGGAUCCCGAAAGAAAUGCAAUCUUCCGGCAGCAAAUAAGAGAGCUGCCAAGGUUUCUCCUAAGCCGGCCGCCGCGGAGAAAGAUGAAAAAUCUAUUAAAGCUGCUGGGAGUGUGAGUAAGGAUUCGUUCUGGACAAAUAAGAUCUCAUCCGGUUCCAACAGUAGCAAUAUCAAUGGCCGUAGCAGCAACACGUGCACCACUAGGAUGAUGGGCAAGAGCUAUUUGCCCAGAAUAAACUUCAGUAAGAGCAAAUCAUCUUCAGCGUGAAACAAAUUUAAGAGGAGGCAACGUAACACUGGCUUAAAUUGCAAACCUGUUGAAUAGAAUUGGCCGAUCGAGUAAGAUUGAAAAUGGGUUGGAGGGAUGUAGGACUCGUUUGGCGGGGUGUGUACUGUGUAGCUAGGCUAAAUAUUGCAAUUCCCCAAAAGAGUACAUUCUUGUUUUUUUGUUUUCUUAAUUCCUAAAUAUAGUGUCACAACUAGUCAACAAACUGGUCGGUUGAGGUUCUAUUAAUGCCUGCUGAGACCCCCAAUGAUGCAAUGUCAUUAAACUAUUGUUUGCUUAUGUACAUACCUACGUGAUACUUGGAGCCCGUUUAACAAUAAAAAUGACAGAAUUGAAUCCGCUGAUCAAAUUGAUUAAAU